AUGUCAGCAUUAAAAGUUGUGUCAUCUAAACUGGCAGCAGAGAUUGAUCAGGAACUAAUGGGCCCACAAGUUGGGUUCACUUUGCAACAAUUGAUGGAAUUGGCUGGUUUCAGUGUAGCUCAAGCAGUGUCUCGAGAGUUUCCACUCUCAAGUAAGUUGAAUGAUAACAAACAUGUCUUUGUGAUCGCUGGGCCUGGGAACAAUGGUGGAGACGGUCUUGUAUGUGCAAGACAUCUAAAGUUAUUUGGCUACAACCCCAUAGUGUUUUAUCCUAAGAGAAGUGAAAGAACCGAGUUUUACAAGCAAUUAGUGCAUCAAUUAAAUUUCUUUAAAGUUCCAGUGUUAGGUCAGGAUGAUGACGAAACGAGAUGGCUAUCUUACUUAGAACCAGAAAAGACAUUGUGUAUAGUUGAUGCUAUAUUUGGGUUUAGUUUUAAGCCACCAAUGAGAGAACCAUUCCAAUCGAUAAUGUCUCAAUUGAAGAAAAUUGAGAACGAUAUUCCAAUCAUAUCAGUUGAUGUACCCACUGGGUGGGAUGUUGACGAAGGUCCAAUUUCUGAACAAUGUAUAGUUCCAAAGGUUUUAGUUUCAUUGACUGUACCCAAGCUCUGCAGCAACUACUUAAAAGAAAAAACUACCAAACACUAUGUGGGGGGUAGGUUUGUGCCAAGAGAUUUUGCAAACAAAUAUGGAUUUGAACCAUUUGCCUAUGAAGGUACUGACCAAGUACUCAAAUUAUGA